AUAUAUUGACCCAAAAAAAAAUAUAUAUAUAUUUGGCAGAUAUUUUCUCAGGAGAAAAUUAGAAAGAAGAGAGAGAGAUUAAGGACUUGAGCUUUUUCUUCUCCUCCAACUCAUUGAUCGUCAAAACGAAGGACCCCUCUCACUCUCUCCUCCUGGCACCUCGAUUAGAGCUUGAGUGAAGCCCUUUUUGAAAACUUUGGAAUAAUUUUUUUAACAAAGGAUGCGUGUGCAAAGAUUUCACUUGAGCUAUUGAUGAUCACGAUAUGUCGCCUACAAGAGUUUGCGAGGGAGCUGAUGAAUUAGAUGGCUAGAGGAGACAACUUGAUAAAAAUAUAACAUGGAUCAAACAAAGGGUGGUUAUCAACACCACGUUCCGUAUACUACUGCACCCCCUGAUUCUAGAAACGACGGGAUUGGCUCUAGGUUUUCCCAUGAUUCUUCAACUAACGUUAACACCAAUGUACGACCUCCUGAUUCGAACCCUUCUCGACCUGUGCAUAACUACUCCAUACAGACUGGUGAAGAGUUUGCUUUCGAGUUUAUGCGUGAUAGGGUCAUUAUGAAACCCCAAUUCAUCCCUAAUCUGUAUGGUGGUGAUCCCAGUGGUAUGCCUGUUCCUGUUAACUCAAGUGCUGUGGGGAUGAUGGUUCCGAUGUCGGAGAACACCACAGUGCUUAACGGAGCAGAAAAAAGCAAUGGCUUUGAGCAAGAGAGGAAACCCCCGGUCCAGUCUGCCCCUGUUAUAUCUUCAAGAAAUGAUUCUAAUCAAAGGGUUCCCAAUUUGGUUUCUUCUAGAGCUUCUGAUAGCUCUUUGAACCAGGCGAAGUUCUUGUGUAGUUUUGGUGGCAGGAUCAUACCCCGCCCCAGAGAUCAGAAACUUAGAUACGUAGGCGGCGAAACGCGUAUCAUACGGAUUAGCAAGACUAUUUCUUUCCAAGAGCUCAUGCACAAAAUGACAGAGAUGUUCCCUGAAGCACGUACCAUUAAAUAUCAGCUGCCCGGCGAGGAUCUCGAUGCCCUUGUCUCUGUAUCUUCUGAUGAGGAUAUACAAAAUAUGAUGGAGGAGUGUAAUGUGUUUGGUAAUGGAGGAUCUGAGAAGUCCAGGAUGUUCCUGCUUUCGGACAGUGACUUAGAGGAGGGUCAGUUUUGCAUGGAAGCUGUUGAAGGUGACUCUGAGGUUCAGUAUGUUGUUGCUGUCAAUGGGAUGGAUCUCAGUUCACGAAAAAGUACCCUUGGGAUAAGUGCUCCAGGGAACAAUUUGGAUGAACUAGUUGACAGGGAUACUGAUAGGGAGAUCAGUCGAGCUGCCACAGAACCAGCUGUAGGUUCGGUUACUCCAUUGGCAGGUAAUGAAUCUUUAUCAGCGAGCCAAAUUUCUCAACCUGUAACAGAUUUUUCUACUGGAAAUGAGACUUUUACACAGCCUUAUCUAGGACAGCAAAUGCACUUCACUGGACUUGGUAACCACCAAGUUUACACGUCGGCUCACAUGGCAAGCAUAGGCUAUAUAGAUGAGAAGGGGUCUGCUCCUUUGCAGGUUCAGCCACAUCCUCAUUAUAUCCCUUAUUCUGUGAAUCCUGAAACAUCUAUUGAAAGUGUGGUGCCUCACUAUCCACAUAAACCUGAGCAAGGAGUUUUGCAUGAUGAGCAGAGCUUUCAUGUGCAACAUCCAGAAACUUGGUUAAAAGAGGCCAAAAUGAGAAGAGAUGAUUCAUUUAAGAAGGCACAUGAUCCUGCUAAUGUAUCUACUGUCGAGACCAAUAAGGUGGCAAAUCUAAGGAGAGAGUCCUCAAUUCCAAAGGUUAGUGAGUAUUCAGUUUCCUCUAAUUAUGGUGAUGACCUGAAGGAAGAAGCUCCAACUGCCACACAAAUAUCCGAUCCAACACCAAAUCAAAGUGCCUCAGCUUGUCCAGAGAAAAGUCUUAGAAAAUCGCAGGACCAUGUGGAGAAUAAUCUUUCAGCAAAGGAGCCAAAGCUGGUGAGGAAAGAACAACCCACGACAAGGGUUAGUUCUAUCUCCUCUGUAUCUAGUGGUUCUGUGGUCCGAGAUCAUACCCUCAAGGAAGAAGCUCCUAUUUCUAUGCAAACAUCCAAUUCAACACCUGAUUCAAGUUCCUUUGUUUGUCCGGAAAGAAGUAGUAAAACAUCCCAGGAAUAUGUUCCGAAAACAGCUGUCUUAGAUACAGCAAGUGAAAGGAAAAUCAAUCAGGACAAUCAGUUUUGUCUGCCUGGGGGAUUAUCUGCAUCUGCGCUUGUUACUUCAGAUGGUGGUACAUCUAAUGUGAGUAAUAUCGACCAGUCUGGGAUUCAUCAAAGGGUUUUUCAUUCUGAGCGCACACUGCGCGAUGAUUCCCUUGGUCCUCCAUUUGUAAUGGCUAAAUCAAUUUCACAUUCAUUCCUGCCUAUCAGCGAAUCGGCUGAAACUUUUCAUGAAGCAAAUAUGGAGUCCCAGAAUGUUCAUUCUAGCGCACCAGUAAGACCAGCUCCUGAAAGUCUCUGGACAGCUGAGGGUAGUAUCUCACAGUCUGAAAAAAUAAACUUGGAACCUAAUGCCACCGAGCAGGCAAAUCAGUCAGAGACUUCUGUCAAGCCUGUUCCACGAGGACAUAUUGAGAACGGGGAUAUAGUUGUUGAUAUUAAUGAUAGGUUUCCUCGUGUUUUUCUUGCUGAUAUAUUGAAAACGGAAGAGUCUCUAAACUUCCCUGGAUUAGGGUCACUGCAUGCUGAUGGAGCUGGAGUGAGUUUAAAUGUUCAGAAUCUUGACCCUAAAAAUUGGUCGUAUUUUCGGGAUUUAGCGCAGGGAGAGUUUGAGAGGAAGGAUCUAUCUCUUAUGGAUCAGGACCACCCUGGAUUUCCCACUUCCCUGACUAACACCGAUGGAGUUCCUAUUGAUUACAACUACCCACCAUUGCAGUCUGCGAAAGUUGCUCCAACUCAGUUAAAUCCUCAAAUCCAUUUCGAUGGGAACAUCCAGCCGCAGGUAUCUGUAGCUGCCGUAGCUGAUUCAGUCACAGUUGAUACACAUGAAAAUUACGGCCAGUCUCAGUUCAAAGCUGCUGAAAACACAGAUGCAAAUUUGAAUACUGGAGUUCCUCUUAUUGACCUUAUUGCUGAAGACAGUGACAACAGGUCUCUGCAGGUCAUUAAAAAUGACGACUUGGAAGAACUGAAGGAACUAGGUUCUGGUACCUUUGGAACUGUUUAUCACGGAAAAUGGAGGGGUACAGAUGUUGCUAUCAAGCGAAUAAAAAGGAGCUGUUUUAUUGGUCGUUCAUCUGAGCAAGAGAGACUGAUAUCGGAGUUCUGGCAUGAAGCUGAAAUUCUUUCCAAGCUACAUCAUCCAAAUGUUAUGGCGUUUUACGGCGUAGUGAAAGAUGGGCCAGGAGGAACAUUAGCUACAGUGACAGAGUACAUGGUCAAUGGAUCGCUUAGACAUGUUCUGCUCAGCAACAGGCAGAUUGAUCGACGUAAGCGACUUAUCAUAGCAAUGGAUGCAGCUUUUGGAAUGGAAUAUUUGCACUCAAAGAACGUUGUGCAUUUCGAUUUGAAGUGUGACAACUUGCUUGUCAACUUAAAGGAUCCAGCCCGUCCUAUAUGCAAGGUUGGUGAUUUUGGUCUGUCAAAGAUAAAAAGAAACACUUUGGUUAGUGGUGGUGUAAGGGGAACCCUCCCUUGGAUGGCUCCCGAGCUACUUAGUGGCAGCAGCAGCAAAGUUUCUGAAAAGGUCGAUGUAUUUUCUUUCGGAAUCGUCUUGUGGGAAAUUCUUACCGGUGAAGAACCCUACGCCAAUAUGCAUUACGGGGCAAUAAUUGGAGGCAUAGUGAACAACACACUGAGACCAACCGUGCCAAGCUACUGUGACCCAGAAUGGAGGAUGCUGAUGGAGCAGUGUUGGGCUCCUGACCCAUUUGUUCGACCUUCCUUCCCAGAGAUAGCCAGACGCCUCCGUACCAUGUCCUCCUCUGCUGUCCAGACAAAAACUCACGCCGCCAGCCACAAGUAAACUCUCAGUUUAUAAAUAAAUAGUUUGUGUAUAUAUCUUUUCUUCUUUCGGAUUUCAGAGUUUCAAGGUGUGAAAAAUAUUGUUUUGAUUUGUACAAAGAAAAACCUAAAAGCACAUAUUCAUAUUUUGUAUAGCAAUUAUUAUUAAGUGUAAGUAAAUUGGUUUUGGACUUCAA